AUGGCGGCGACGGCGGCGACGGCGGCGAUGGCCGAGCAGGAGGGCGCCCGCAACGGCGCUCGCAACCGCGGCGGCGUCCAGCGCGUGGAGGGCAAGCUGCGCGCCAGCGUGGAGAAGGGCGAGUACUACGAGGCGCACCAGAUGUACCGGACCCUCUUCUUCAGGUACAUGUCGCAGAACAAGCACGCCGAGGCCCGCGAGCUCAUGUGCUCAGGGGCGCUGCUCUUCUUCAGCCACGGCCAGCAAAACAGCGCUGCGGAUUUGUCCAUGCUGGUCUUGGAGUCGCUGGAGAAGGCGGAGGUGGAGGUGGCCAACGAGCUGCUGGAAAAUCUGGCUAAACUGUUUAGUCUGAUGGACCCCAACUCUCCGGAGCGCGUGGCCUUCGUGUCCAGGGCCCUGAAGUGGUCCAGCGGGGGCUCCGGGCGGCUGGGCCACCCCCGGCUGCAUCAGCUGCUGGCCCUCACCCUGUGGCGAGAGCAGAACUACUGCGAGUCCCGCUACCACUUCCUGCACUCGGCCGACGGGGAGGGCUGCGCCAACAUGCUGGUGGAGUACUCCACGUCCCGUGGCUUCCACAGCGAGGUGGACAUGUUCGUGGCCCAGGCUGUCCUGCAGUUCCUCUGCCUGAAGAACAAGAGCAGCGCGUCCGUGGUGUUCACGACGUACACGCAGAAGCACCCGUCCAUCGAGGACGGCCCUCCCUUCAUGCAGCCCCUGCUCAACUUCAUCUGGUUCCUGCUGCUGGCCCUGGACGGAGGCAAACUGACUGUGUUCACGGUGCUGUGUGAGCAGUACCAGCCGUCCCUCCGGCGGGACCCCAUGUACAACGAGUACCUCGACAGGAUAGGACAGCUCUUCUUCGGGGUGCCGCCCAAGCAGGCGUCUUCCUACGGAGGCUUGCUAGGCAAUCUUCUGAGCAGCCUCAUGGGCUCCUCGGAGCAGGAAGGCGAGGACAGCCAGGACGACAGCAGCCCCAUCGAGCUCGACUGA